UUCUUUUGCCUCUAUAUAUUUCCCUGGUAACGCUAUUUUCAGCUCAAUUCUUCCUCUUCCAGCACAACCACCGCGGCGGCCACCAAUUUUCUCUCUCAAGUGUGAGAAAACCUGUUAAAAACGGAGCCCAGAAAAUUAUACUACAAAACCCAGAACUGAAGUAAAAGAAAAGGAGGCUAAAGUCUUUUAUAUUACAAGAAAGGGGAGGAAUGAAAUGUUAGGAGCCAACGGAAAAAUUCUUUCUUUUUGAGGUGUGUGUGAUCUUCGGUAAUUAUGGGGGUUCCCGGAGCUAUUGGAGUAGGAGGCGUAGGUGCUGCUGCUGGUGGUUCCAAUGGUACAACUGCGGGGAGCUGCUGCUGGGACGUAAACUUGAAGUGCUUGUUUAGGUGGAGAUGGGAGUACCAACAGCACUUUCUUCACCACAGAUUUUUCUCGUCCGGUUUGAUGUUCUUCUUAUGCUGCUUGGUUUUGUAUGGAUCGAUUGGCAUGCUGUUUGGUUGGCUUAUGUUUAAUAAGUCUUAUGUGAGUGCUGGUUCGGUUGUUGGGUUGAACUCGGUCGGGUGUCAGGAGGACAAUGAGGGUUCAUGGUCGAUUGGUCUUUUCUAUGGUGACUCCCCCUUCUCUUUGAAGCCAAUUGAAGCUAUGAAUGUUUGGAAAAAUGAGAGUGCAGCGUGGCCAGUGGCUAACCCAGUUGUCACCUGUGCUUCGGUCUCAGAUGCUGGUUUCCUCAGUAAUUUCGUUGCUGAUCCUUUUCUUUAUGUUCAGGGAGAUACUAUUUACCUGUUUUAUGAAACUAAGAAUUCAAUCACCAUGCAAGGAGAUAUUGGAGUUGCAAAAAGUACGGAUAAGGGAGCAACAUGGCAGCAAUUGGGCAUUGCCUUGGAUGAGGACUGGCAUCUCUCUUAUCCCUAUGUGUUCAACCAUCUUGACAAAAUAUACAUGAUACCUGAGGGCAGUGCAAAGGGGGAACUUCGCCUUUAUCGAGCAGUUAAUUUUCCACUGCAGUGGACGCUGGAGAAAGUUAUUAUAAAAAAGCCACUUGUUGAUUCCUUUAUCAUUAAACAUGGAGGAGAAUACUGGCUUUUUGGUUCAGAUCAUAGUGGCUUUGGAACUAAGAAAAAUGGACAGCUGGAAAUCUGGCAUAGCAGUUCACCUCUGGGUCCUUGGAAGCCACACAAGAAGAAUCCAAUUUAUAACAUUGACAAAAGCUUGGGAGCUAGAAAUGGAGGCAGACCGUUUUUGUAUGAAGGAAACCUUUAUCGCAUUGGUCAGGAUUGUGGCGAAACAUAUGGACGACGAGUGCGAGUAUUCAAGGUGGAAGUUCUUACCAAGGAUGAUUAUAAAGAAGUUGAAGUCUCCUUUGGCUUUGAAGAGCCCAGAAAGGGAAGGAAUGCUUGGAAUGGUGCUCGUUGCCAUCAUCUUGAUGUGCAGCAGUUAAGUUCUGGGAAAUGGCUUGCUGUUAUGGAUGGGGACCGUGUACCUUCUGGAGAUUCAGUCCGUCGGUUUAUUCUUGGCUAUGCUUCACUUGCAGCGGUCACUGCAAUUGUUGUGGUGUUGGGUGUGCUGCUGGGAGCUGUGAAAUGUAUUAUUCCCCUCAACUGGUGUGCUUAUUACUCAGGGAAGAGGAGUGAUUCUCUCUUGGUCUGGGAAAGGCCGAAUGCAUUUUCUUCAAAGGUAAGACGUUUUUGUGGCCGUUUGAACAGAGUAGCUUCAACUCUCCGAGUGAAAAUAAGGCCUAAUACUUGGGCUGGAAGAUUGGUUUUGGCUGUGAUAUUUACUAUUGGAGUUGCGCUAAUUUGUGCAAGUGUUAAAUAUAUCUAUGGAGGUAAUGGUGCUGAAGAACCUUAUCCAUUAAAGGGUUCCUACUCUCAGUUCACUCUAUUGACAAUGACAUAUGAUGCUCGCCUCUGGAAUUUGAAGAUGUAUGUUAAGCAUUACUCGAGGUGUUCUUCGAUUAAAGAGAUUGUUGUGGUUUGGAAUAAAGGGACACCGCCCAAAUUGAGUGAUCUGGACUCUGUGGUGCCUGUGAGGAUCAGAGUAGAAAAUCAGAAUUCAUUGAACAAUCGGUUCAAAAUGGAUGAAUUGAUUAAAACCCGUGCUGUACUUGAGCUUGAUGAUGACAUUAUGAUGACUUGUGAUGACAUUGAACGGGGAUUCAAUGUAUGGCGCCAACAUCCAGACCGGAUUGUUGGAUUCUAUCCUCGACUCAUAAGUGGAAGCCCGUUGAAAUACAGGGGUGAGAAAUAUGCCCGAAAACAUAAAGGUUACAACAUGAUUCUUACUGGGGCAGCAUUCAUGGACAGCAAAUUGGCUUUCGAGAGGUAUUGGGGUGAGGAAGCUAAGGCUGGGAGGGAAGUGGUGGAUAAAUAUUUUAACUGCGAGGAUGUGCUAUUGAAUUACUUGUAUGCUAAUGCAAGUACAUCUGCUACAGUUGAAUAUGUGAGACCAACAUGGGCAAUAGAUACAUCAAAAUUCUCAGGUGCUGCAAUUAGCCGAAAUACGCAAGUACAUUACAAGAUAAGAAGUAGUUGCCUCCAGAAAUUUUCGGAGAUGUAUGGAAGUUUAGGUGGCCGGAAGUUGGAAUUUGACCGGCGAAAGGAUGGCUGGGAUUUAUAGAGAAGAACUAAUUCUGAAAGCCAUCGAGUCUCAUACUCCUCAAUCUGUGUAUCUUCUCAUCCUUCUGGUAGAUUCUUGUCUUGUUACAAUAGUUUUAUAACCCUGCUUGUGAAGAUUUUUGUGGUGGGGGAAUGACAAUAUCAAUAUCUUUGUUUGGCAAGAUGUAAAUUAAUUAUCCAUUUAGCUAUCUUGAGAGUUUAUAUAUGUAGAUUGGUUUUUGUCAUGCCCUUUCUUCUGAAACAUUUUUGUGAAAGUUGAUAGAUCAGAAAUGAAAAUUGGUUUGAUCAUUUGUGUUUCUGUA